AUGAUCAAUGAGAUUCCAUUUGUUGAGACUCCUUUACACAUAGCUGCAUUUACAGGGCACAUCCCGUUUGUAAUGGAGAUCAUGAGGUUAAAACCGUCAUUUGCAAGGAAGCUUAAUCAAGAUGGCUUGAGCCCCAUGCACCUUGCUUUGCAAAAGCACCAAGCUUUGCAAAUGCAAAAUAACCCUAAUGUGCAAAAUAUACAAACCAUGUUAAUGUUGUUGGAGCAAUUAAGUGAGGUUGAUAAGGACCUUGUCCGUGUCCAAGGAAAAGAGGGCGUGGCUCCUUUUCAUUACGUAGCUCAGAUGGGGAACAUCAAGCUUUUGAAAAAAAUUUGGUUAGAUUGCCCCAUGUCUAUAAAAGAUGUAACAAUUGGAAGAGACACUGCUCUUCAUAUUGCGCUGAAUAACAGCCAAGAAAAAGCUUUUAGGUUUCUUGUGCUAUUGACCGUGAGGUUCUUAUUGGAUUGUGUUGGAGUUGAUGCAAACAUUAAGAAUUUAGAAGGUUUAACAUCUUUGGACAUCGUGCAAAGCCAAAUGGGAAGUGCUUCUCGACUUACAGUUCGCUCAUGGAAAUUUUACCUCAGCUAUCUUGACCCUAGUUGGUUCCAAAUAUUUGUGCUUCGUCAAAGAGAGAAUAUGACAAUUGAGAUGAGCAGUAUGUUGUUGGUGGUUCUUGCGCUGUUUAUAACAAGCACCUAUCAAGCGACGCUCAGCCCUCUUGAAGGAGUUUGGCAAGAUAAUUCCAAUAGCACCGUCAUCCCAAACAAUCCAGGGAAAGUAGUCAUGAAUGAAACCUAUUUCCUGCUACUCUAUAUUUUAAUUCUCUGUGCUUUGGUGCAAUAG